AUGGAAGUUAUGCGGCCGACCCUAAUACGAAUCGGAGGACGUAUUUACAGGAAAAACCAUGUUCGAGAGAAGGCUCACCAAAAUGAAGAGGAGGAAGAUGAGUUCUGUGCAGGCAUUAGGGAUGGUGCAGAUGAACCUUGUGAUGCCUUCGUGAUCGAAGAGACUGAAAGAGGUUACCGGUGUGCCGUUGAUGUUCCCAGCCCACUAUACAAGUAUAUAAUAGGAAAGAAAGGAGAAAUGAAAAAUAAACUAGAAACCGAAACCCGAACCACUAUCAGUAUUCCUAAACCUGGAGUGGAGGGAGAAAUUGUGAUUACAGGACAACACCGGAAUGGUGUUAUUUCAGCUCGAACCCGGAUUGAUGUUCUCGUCGAGAGCUUUCGCAAGAAACAGCCUUUCACGCACUUUUUGUCAUUUGCCCUCAACCAACCUCCAAUGCAGGAAAAGCUUCUACAGUUUAAGAAAGAAGUGUUAGAAAAGUGUUCAAAUGACUGCGGUAUCAGCAGCAGUCUGUUCCAAAACCCAGCAAAGCUCCACCUGACCAUUGGGACCCUGGUGCUCCUGAAUGAGCAGGAAAUCCGGAAGGCGCAGGAGCUUCUGCAGAAGUGUAAAGAAGAGUUUGCUGAUGCAAUUGCUGGAGGCAAACCGCUAACUGUGGAAGUAGCAGGUAUCGAGUACAUGAAUGAUGAUCCAGCUAUGAUGGAUGUUCUCUAUGCAAAAGUCACCAUGAAGGAUGGAUCCAACAAGUUACAGCAAAUGGCAAACAGAUUGAUGGAUUGGUUUGUGGCCUCAGGGCUAAUGCUGAAAGAGUGGGAUAGGGUGAAACUCCACGCUACUGUUAUGAACACACUUUUCCGGAAAGAUCCCAGUGCUGAUGAGCAAAGCAGCACAACCACUGGCAAAUUUUUCAAGGAAAGGGAGUCAUUUGAUGGUCGAAACAUAAUGAAGCUUUUUGAGAACUUCUGCUUUGGAGAUGUGCAGCUGAAUUCAGUCUAUCUCUCUCAGCGAUUCUCCACCGACAGCUCCGGUUACUAUGCAACAUCCGGGCAGCUCACUUUCUCCUGAA